AUGCUAUUAAUUGGCACCGACUCACUUCGUUAUUUGGAUGAAGUUCAGGUUACUCAACUGGUGGCCUAUACAAUUGAUUAUCUUCAUCAAAAUUAUCCUCAUCUGAAUAAAAAACAACAUAUUUCCAUUGUAGCAACAUUUCCAUGCUGCAAACCUUCUUCUACAUUUCCUUCACUGUUAUCAUUAUCUUCUAAUAUUCAACUUUAUAAUGACGAACUCAAUGCGUUAUCAACUAAUCUCAACUGUACGUUUGUGGAUUUCCAUGUAAUCGACACACAACUAGCAGCUGAUCAAAUGCAUCUCCAUUUUAACCAUCGGCACCUUAUACCUAACUCAAUUAUUACUUAUUUUAGCGAACUAUCUAAAAAUCAGCCACCCCAUCCUCGUAUUCAUCCACGAUCUUGUGACGCUCUUAAACGUCAUCAAAAAAUUGGUCAUAAUAAAUUAAAACGUAAACAACAACAGUUUUACAUCAAACGCAAUAUUGAUAUUAAUUGGAAAUACAAACAUAUCAAAUAA